AUGGACCUUUACGAGUGGCAGCCGCUCGAAGAAGGCGCCUUUAACGGUGAUGAGGGUGACGUAUCGCUGAACCUCAGUGCCCACAGCAGUCACUUUGGCUCCUCAGACGGUCUCGCUUCGUGGGACAAUGACGCUGAGAGGGGAAGGGAAGAGGAAGAAAAGGAGGAGGUGACACGGCUGCUCCAGACGCGACACAGAGUCGAGCGGCUGCUUGAGCGGUUGGAGCGGUACAGUGCGAAGCACGUGUCUGUCAAGGGCUUGGCCCGGCUUCGUCGCCGUAUGGAGAGGGAGUUGGAACUGCUCAACGCCGCCGUACACACCGCCUCGCGGCAGAACGACGGUGCGGAGCUGCACCGUCCACAUUCACAGGGGAUGAAUGCCCACCAUCUCGAGACGGUGAUGUUGGCGCUGGAGUGCGAACCGGGCGUGGUGAGUGUGUGCACGUCGGUGCGCUCCACCGGCGGCAGCGGCGACAGUGCCGCGCAGGGGAACGUUGAGGUGGAUGUCGUGUCGUGCGACGGGCUGCGCUGGGUGAAGGUACGCGCCGCCUCGACGCGACGCCUUCUAGCGGAGAUGGAUGAGCCCGGAUGGGAGGCGGCGCUUUCACGCCUUCUCGCGAGAGCCCGCGCAAGACGACUGCCGUUUAUGCGGCGGCCUGAAGUUGUUGUCCUGUUCCGCGACCACCCGCCGCCGGCGAUGGUGGAUGGGAUUCUUCGCUUGGGCGCGCGGCCGGUGAGUUGCGCUGCGCUGUUGGCCCGCGUGGGGCGUAGUGGUGCUGCGCUCCAUUGGCGAGGGACCGAUUUUCUUCCGCCGCUCUCCUUCGCGGUGAACUUUGUCUGCUUUGACACAACGGCUCUCGUGGCGCUUUGCUCGGAGGCGUGCUUUGCGGACUCCAUAGAGGCUAAUGUUGUGGCGUUACGUAACUUUCGCGUGAUGGCCGAACAGCACCGGCGGGAGCUGGAGGAUCCGUGUGUGCGCCGCCAUGUGGAGCCCGCUUUACAGCGCUACACGGCAUGGCUCGACACACAUAGGUUUGCUGCUGCGAUGUCUGAGAGUAUGCAGCGGUGUGGCGGAGAUUCAACGUGUACACCAACCGCCAACGCCAUUGAGUUGGCGUGGUUGGAGGAACUCGUCGCCGCAACGACGCCGGCGGACGAGAUGCUUUCCCCCAUUCGGGAGAGCACGGUGGUUCGUGACGUGCACGACAUGCGGUGCGAGCGGUUGCUGCGAGGGGCAGUCGAUAGUCAGCCGAAUUGGAUCGUCGCCGACAUCACGCUGGCAGAGUUCCGGUGGAUUCUUGAGACCAUCGCCGGCCCCCGGGAGCUACGUCGUGCGCUCACACUGCUGCGUUGCUGCUGCGCUGUUUCGAUGGACCGCCGAUGGCUUGACGGUGGCGACGUGCCGCUUCUCACUCACGUGUCGGUGCUUGCCGCCAAAGAGAGUAUCUCCCUGCGCAAUCGCCUUGUUUUCGGGUUGGGCGACGCUGUGGGAGCUGUGGUGCUUUCAUCUAACCGACAGAUCCUCCACGCCGCGCGGGAUGAAGGCGUGGAGCUGCUCGUGGUCUCGCACCCGGCGCGGGCACUGAUGGAGCAGAAGAUUAACUCCAUGCCGCGGAGGGAUGGACCAAAGACACCCCCUCCGAUCGGCACCAGUGGCGGUGACGGAACGCAACAGUAG